UCACUCCUCAGCGUAGGAGUCACCCGAAGCAGGGCAAGCUCAGCCUGCAGCUGCCGUUGGCUUUGUGUGGACGGGAUGCGGAGCUGGCGAGAGGGGGAGGGCUCUGAGUCCAGUUCACAAUCAGUGGAAUUACAGCUAGAGCGGCAGUGUCUAUAGGAUUGCUUUUUCUCGUCUUCCUAGAUUUUCAAACCCUGUCUAUAUUAAGGAAGAGAAGAAACAUCGAGGAAAUCUAGUGUUUUUGUUUGUUUGUUUGUUCAUGAAGAAUACCUGCAUUAAGUUUUCUUUAACCUCUUAAAAAGGAAUACUGUUCUUGCAUAACGUGACGACUGCACUAGAGGUUCUGACAAAGCAGCCAGAAGCAAAAGCUGGAAAUAGCUAUUUCAUAGCAGGUAAUCAUACCUCGGAAUGUAGCUACUUUACAAAGUUUUCACUUGGAUAAUCCUGGAUGGGAAUAAAUGUGGGGAGGGUUGCCUGAAAAACAUACUACUGUCCAAGCCUUAGCAUCAUGACUGGUUUUCUUCAUGUGGAGCUGAAGUUACUAUCUCUGACCAUACUGCACAGAUGAGCCAAUAAGAAUUUCAAAGAGGGCAAUUUCCACUAAGGAAAUUAAGCUACACAAAAAGAACCUGCACCUAGAAACUUUUAUCAGAAAGAAGAAAAUAAAACAAACCAUAGGAGGCUGUGUGCCCUACAUAGGAAAAGGAGGCGGAAUUGUUUCUGGCCCCCACUUUAAUGAGCUGGCCCACCAUGCUGAACUACAGUUGGAUGCCCAUUGACAACAGUGAGCCUGAGCUGGAGGCGUGUGCAGCAUAAGACUACUUGAAAAGCAGUGAAGAGCAUUUCCAAGCGUGUAUAAGCCCCAGCCCCUCACCAGGAAAAUAAUACAUGUGCAUUGGAUUUUCACCCACGCAAAUUUACUACAUCAUUCAAUAAGGACUCAGAGGUAACAGAACCUUGGAUAAAGAGCUCAACACUGCUGACCAUGAUCAGCACAGCCUGGAGCAUCUUCCUCAUGGGGACUAAAAUUGGGCUGUUCCUUCAGAUGGCACCUCUAUCAGUCAUGGCUAAGUCCUGUCCUUCUGUAUGUCGCUGCGAUGCAGGUUUCAUUUACUGUAACGAUCGCUUUCUGACAUCCAUCCCAACUGGAAUACCAGAGGAUGCUACAACUCUCUACCUUCAGAACAACCAAAUAAAUAAUGCUGGGAUUCCCUCGGAUUUGAAAAACUUGCAGAAAGUAGAAAGAAUAUACCUAUACCACAACAGUUUAGAUGAAUUUCCUAUCAAUCUCCCAAAGUACGUGAAAGAGCUACAUUUGCAAGAAAAUAACAUACGGGCGAUCACUUAUGAUUCACUUUCCAAAAUUCCAUAUCUGGAAGAAUUGCAUUUAGAUGAUAACUCUGUCUCUGCUGUUAGCAUUGAAGAGGGGGCGUUCCGAGAGAGCAACUAUCUCCGACUGCUUUUCCUGUCCCGUAACCACCUCAGCACAAUCCCCUGGGGUUUGCCCAGGACCAUAGAAGAGCUACGCUUGGAUGAUAAUCGUAUCUCCACUAUUUCAUCACCAUCUCUUCAAGGCCUUACAAGCCUUAAACGUUUGGUGUUAGAUGGAAACCUGUUGAACAACCAUGGCUUGGGUGACAAAGUUUUCUUCAACCUGGUCAACUUAACAGAAUUGUCACUUGUGCGAAAUUCCCUGACUGCUGCGCCAAUAAACCUUCCAGGUACAAACCUGAGAAAGCUUUAUCUUCAAGAUAAUCACAUCAGUCGGGUGCCCUCAAAUGCUUUUGCUUAUCUGAGGCAGCUCUAUCGGCUUGAUAUGUCCAAUAAUAAUCUAAGCAAUUUACCUCAGGGUGUCUUUGAUGAUUUGGACAAUAUAACCCAACUAAUUCUUCGUAACAAUCCUUGGUACUGUGGCUGUAAGAUGAAAUGGGUACGUGACUGGUUACAGUCACUCCCUGUGAAGGUCAACGUGCGUGGACUCAUGUGCCAAGCUCCAGAAAAAGUCCGAGGGAUGGCUAUCAAGGACCUUAGCACAGAACUGUUUGAUUGUAAAGACAGUGAGCAUGUAAGUACCAUUCAGGUCAUCACUGUGAUGCCCAACACAGGGUAUCCUGCUCAAGGACAGUGGCCAGCACCAGUGACCAAACAGCCAGACAUUAAGAAUCCCAAGUUGGUUAAAGAUCAGCGAACCACAGGGAGUCCAGCAAGAAAAACACUUACAAUUACUGUGAAAUCUGUCACCUCUGAGACAAUUCAUAUUUCUUGGAAACUUAUCCUACCCAUGACUGCUUUAAGACUCAGCUGGCUCAAACUGGGUCACAGCCCAGCCUUUGGAUCUAUAACAGAAACAAUUGUAACCGGGGAUCGUAGUGAAUAUUUGAUCACAGCCCUGGAGCCUGAUUCACCCUACCGAAUAUGCAUGGUUCCCAUGGAAACCAGUAACCUCUACCUAUUUGAUGAAACUCCCGUUUGCAUUGAGGCGGAAACUGCACCCCUUCGAAUGUAUAACCCUACAACUACCCUCAAUCGGGAGCAAGAGAAAGAACCUUACAAAAACCCCAAUUUACCUUUGGCUGCCAUCAUCGGUGGGGCAGUGGCCCUGGUGACUCUUGCCUUACUCGCUUUAGUAUGCUGGUACGUUCAUAGGAAUGGCUCCCUUUUCUCAAGGAACUGCGCAUACAGCAAAGGGAGGAGGAGAAAGGACGACUAUGCGGAAGCUGGCACUAAGAAAGACAACUCUAUCCUGGAAAUCAGGGAGACUUCUUUUCAGAUGUUGCCAAUAAGCAAUGAACCGAUUUCAAAAGAGGAGUUUGUAAUACACACCAUAUUUCCUCCUAAUGGAAUGAAUCUGUACAAAAACAAUCACAGCGAAAGCAGCAGUAACCGAAGCUACAGAGACAGCGGUAUUCCAGACUCGGACCACUCGCACUCGUGAUGCUCACGGACUCAUGGCAGACUGUUAGUUUUUAUAAACCUGAGGGAGGGAGGUGGUGGUAGGAUCCCUGCAACACUGCAAAACACUGGUAAAAGAGACUGAAAAAAAAAAAGCAAUGUACUGUACAUUUGCCAUAUAAUUUAUAUUUAAGAACUUUUUAUUAAAAGUUUCAAAUUUCAGGUUACUGCUGCGAUUGUAGUAGUGGAGAUACCUGAAGACAAUUAUAUAUUUUAGUAUUUUUUAGUAAUUUGUACUGUAUUUUCCUUGCAAAUAUUGAGGUUACAGACUAUUUACUUUUGUGUUCUACUGAGUAAGAAGACUUGUUGACUGUGAAAGUGAAUUUUCUUGCUGUGUUGAACAAUCAGGACUGCGUUCACUUGAGAUCCUUGUAGUAUAAGCACAGGCCAUUUUUCACUUUGGUAUUAAUAAAAUGUAAAAACAAAAAACAAAAUAAUAAAACAGCUGAAUGAGUUAAAAUAAAAUUCAAAAAUAGUUAUAAGAAUAUUGUUCAAAUUAUUAAAUUUGUAUUAUCCCAGUGGUAUUCAAGAAAUCAAUCUAUGUGAAGUAAUGGGCAAUAAUAUCAAACUUGCUGCAUCUCUCCAUUUUUGUUUUAGGCAAAUUAAAAAUCCUUUAAAAGUAAGCAUCAUUUCUGAAUUGACUAUAUCAGUUGGCAUAAAAGGAAGAUGAAGUCUGUUGCUAGAAUCAGUGUUGAGAAAAUUGGGAAUGAAGGUGAGCCUCCAAGCUCAGGAGAGAAACGUCUACUUGGGAAACAUGAAAACUUUGACUUGUAGAGUGUAGUGGUCACAAAUACCAGAAUUGCAUUUUGGUUUUACUUUUACCAUUGGAUUUUGGAGAAAAAAAUAAUUCUCAACAUAUAAUUGAUAGUGUAUGACGUUUUUAUCCUAAAGCAUGUCAAAUAGAAAAAUUAUACAUACUAAAACAGUUGCAUAACUAUAAGCAAUUUUCUUCAACAGUCCAGAGAACAUCAUACUUUGAAUUGUUGAGACUUUAAAAAGUAAAACACAUACUAAAAUUUAAAUGUAGAUCUGGUAUAGGUGAGCUAUUUUGACACUGUACAUAAUCUUCAAUUUACUUUCACAAUGGUCCAAAAAACUGCCCAUUACUGCCACAGAUUUCCAGAUAAUACAUAUGAACUUGAAAUGUAACCUUUUUUCUAGCUUCUGACUGAAUUGUGAGCUAUCACUUGUUUAAAAAUCUCAUCACUUUUCUGUUGCCAUUAUUAUUUUGUUUUUUUUCAACAAAAAAACCAAAGUGCAUUGUACGCCCUUUGGCCAGUCUUGUAUGUGCCUUGAUCCAAUGCUACAUGUAUUCAGCUUUUAAAAUUUGACAAAUUUUUCAUACUUCCUUAAAUAUGAAAAAUUAUGGUCUUAUUGCUGAAUAAAACUUUUUAAAAAGUA